UUCCGAGACCAGAGAGUCGAGUCGAGUCCAGUUCUUGGGGCCAAUCAGUCAGCGAGGCACUCAGCGGAGCGUGAAUGGCAAUUGCCGAUAUCCACACAUUCAAUUAAUAAAAUCAACAGCAGGGCCGAUAGCUUCAGCUCCUUAUCGCAAUCCCCUGGACGCCAGGACAUGGACAUGUCAUUAGCCAGGCUGCAUGUUCAGUUCCAGCUCGGCUAUGGCCGGGAAACGAGCGGAAAGCUGGUCGCGUUUGCUGCUCUUGUGGCUAUAUCGUUGUGCCCGUGGUCUUCUGGUGCUCUCCUCCAGCUUGGACCGGGAUAAGCUGCAGCUGAAGGCGCCCAAACAGGGCAGCAGAAAUCGCUUCCUGCACAUCCUGUGGCGCUGCAUUGUGGUUAUGAUAUACGCGGGAGUAUGGCCAAUGUUGACCUCAGCCGUAAUAGGCAAACGAUUGGAGAGCUAUGCGGAUGUCUUUGCUCUGGCCCAGUCUAUGUCGGUGUCCAUUUUGGCAGUCAUAUCCUUUGUGAUCCAGGCAAGGUCCGAGAACCAAUUCCGAGAGGUGUUAAAUAGAUAUUUGGCGCUCUACCAAAGGAUAUGCUUGACUACGCGGCUGCGGCACCUGUUCCCAACGAAAUUUGUGGUUUUCUUCUUGCUAAAGUUGUUCUUCACCUUGUGCGGUUGUUUCCACGAAGUAAUACCUCUGUUUGAAACCCAGCACUUCGAUGAUAUCAGUCAAAAGGUGGCCACUGGUUUUGGCAUCUACAUGUGGCUUGGAACGCUCUGUGUCCUCGAUGCCUGCUUCCUGGGAUUUUUGGUGUCCGGAAUACUGUACGAACAUAUGGCCACCAAUAUCAUUGCCAUUCUGAAGCGAAUGGAGCCCAUAGAGUCGCAGGACGAAAGAUAUCGUAUGACUAAGUAUCGCAGGAUGCGACUCCUGUGCGAUUUUGCCGAUGAGUUGGACGAGUGUGCCGCUAUCUACAGUGAACUGUACCAAGUCACCAACUCCUUUCGUCGGAGUCUGCAAUGGCAGAUCCUCUUCUAUAUCUACCUAAACUUCAUAAAUAUCUGCCUAAUGCUGUACCAAUAUAUUCUGCAUUUUCUGAACGACGACGAGGUGCUCUUGGUGUCCAUUGUCAUGGCAUUUGUUAAAUUUGCUAAUCUAGUAAUGCUCAAUAUGUGUGCGGAUUAUACGGUGAGGCAGUCAGAAGUGCCAAAGAAAUUGCCUUUGGAUAUCGUUUGCAGCGAUUUGGAUGAGCGAUGGGAUAAGAGUGUUGAAACCUUUCUCGGUCAGCUGCAAACACAACGACUGGAGAUCAAAGUAUUGGGAUUUUUCCAUCUCAAUAAUGAGUUCAUUCUUCUCAUUCUGUCUGCCAUAAUAUCGUACCUCUUUAUCCUUAUUCAGUUCGGCUUUACAGGUGGCUUUGAGGCGUCCGAGGACAUUAAAACUCGUUUUGAUUAA